GUUCAUAUCAUGAACUGAUUGCUUCCGAUGUGCGACGCGUCUUGAUCAUUCGAAACUCAGACAAAGAGAUCCUCGUGGAUGUACAGCGACAACAGUCGAUCUGUCCUCACACGCAGACGCGUACACACACAUCAGACUGCGAGACACACAAUCAGCCGAACGUGUGAUGGUCGCCUGCGCACACACCACAACACACACAGACACACACUCACGACACGCAUCUCCAUCGAUCGAUCGAUCUGACUCGUCUGUCUACCUUUCCUGAGUUUUGUGGUGAGUUUGGGUUCUCUGUAGUCGAUGGCCGUCCUCUCCCUCAUUCGCCUCGGCCCUCGCUCCUCUCCCCCUGUCCGCCCCCGACCAUCGCUGCUCGCCCCCUGCUGGUGCUGGUGCUGGUGGUGCUGCUGUUGGUGUUGUUGGUGUGUUGGUGCGGAGGAUGACGGCGGCCUGUGUCGCUUGACGAAGAAGGGAUAGAAGUCGAGCGGGCCGUCUGCAUUUGAGCGGCGGCGCAGCUUGGCAGUGAGUUUGAGCGAUGGUGGGCAGUAGUUGACUCCUCGGCUGUGGUUGCGCAAGUGAUAGCGACAUCCAUUCACACACUCGCUGACCUCACGCUCACCCUCACACUCAUCACCCCUGACAGACACAAACUCACACACACACACACACACACACAAUGUCUCGCUGUCUCACUUCUUGCUGACCUGUGCUGCGGUGUGUCUCCAUUGUCAUUGUUGCCGUGUGGGUGUUGUGGUGGGUCGGUGCGAUGGUGGUCGGGAGUGUCAUUGAUGUGCUGCGGUGGAGUGUGUGGGCCCGGCUGCUUCUGCUGCUCUUGGUGUUCGUCAUCGUUGUCAUCAUGUUCCUGCAUGCAAUUGGAUGGGAUGGGCGAGAGGGCGGGGCGAUACCGACGGUGGGGAUUGUGAUUGUUGUUGUUGGCAGUGGGGCGACCCACACGAACACCGCUAGCCGUCACACUGCCAAGACGGUGAUGGUGGGCAACAGGCAAAGGGGAUGCCACACGAACCUGACACAUGCACACAAACAGUGAGUGCGCAUCGAGUCUGAUUUUCGUGUGUGGUUGGUUGACGUGUGAUUGAUUGUGCUGUCCCCUUCGCUGCCGCAGCACGUGAUUCUCGACCACCUGACGACAGACAAACACACUAUCUCACUUUGGGUGAGUGAGUGUUUGUUUGUGUCACGAGUCUGUUGAUGGCGCUCCUCUGUGCGUCGAUGAUCCGCCUGGAGUGAUCGAUGUAAACCACACAGACACAAAGAUGAGCUGUCAUGUGUGUCGGCUUGCCUGAUUCACUCACUCGUAGUAUUGUGCGAUGCUGUCAAUGUCGCGCGGCACGCCCGCCCGCCGCCAGCGAUACUGAACCGCACCAGACGGCGGCAAUGGCUGCCUCACACCACUCAUCAUCACGAUCAUGCCACUUCCGACACACACGACCAAGAACGCUCUCAAAUACUUGUCACUCACUCAAUGACCGAGGCGAAUUCGUUUUGUCCAAACGACCGAUCGGUGUACAUGUACAGUCGCCAUCCAACGGUCAAUCAACAAAUGGGCUCAGUCAAUCACACAGCCGACAACACAGACCGCUCUCGUGACCCAUGUUUGGUCAGCUGCCGCCUGUCGCUGUUGACCUGGCCUUCCCUCUCCAUCUCACCUCGUGGCCGCCUCGGCCCAUGGCACUUCUGAGCGGCGACCUGCCGCUAAAAUUGAAGGGCAACAAUACAUACCAGCAGACGAUGGAUGCGGCUGACUGCACAGUGUUGUCACCUGCCCCUUGAAAGUUCGACCUCAGCCUCCAGUCGCCGCCGCCUGGCCGCCUCCUGAACAACACAUGAUGGACCAUACAGAGAUAAGUAGUACCACCACGAAGAGGCUGCGGCCGACUGACCUUUUUGUUGCGAGCGGCUUCUCGGCUGACGAGUGCAUCGAACAGCCGUGUGAAGUCAUCGUCAUUCUCGACGGCGCUGCGGAGAGCAUCCUUGAAGGCCGACCGGACGGCUGAGGGAAGGGCCGGCAGGAGAGGAAGGAUGCCGGGCACGUGAUCCAGGCUCUGGCGGAUGACCCCGGCCGUCAGACGGAUGACUCGGCUCUGAGCUGCGACGGAUGCGGGGGUUAUGGUGGUAAGCCUGCCGUCGAAGAGCUGUUUGAGCAUGUCAUUUGUGUCCCGCUUGUCCUCGAGGAUGGUCUUGAGGGUUGUUGUCUGGGUCUGUCGGGCGUGGAGCUGUGUCUGCUGCUGUUUGGCGAGGAGGGAAUAAUUAAGGCCGCGUCGUGUCGAGCCCAGGGCCGACAGCGUCAAGAAGAAGGUCAGGAUAAGACACGCAAACAUCACCG